UUAAAAAAACAAUAAAACCGACGAAUGAAUGAAUCGGCUGUUGACCUUUCCCACUGUCAAAUGCGGAAAUUGGUUAAUUUUGUAAUUGUUUUCUCAACAAUUAUGAAGAAAACAACUUUCUACGUAUCUAAAUUACGUAAGCAAUAAAUCGGAGUGAUAAAUCUGGAUACGCGCGAGUGUUGUGCGGUGUAAUUUAUUUAUAAGUGGCGAAACUUGUUCUGUGACGCUGUAGGGCGUUGUUGGUGAAUUCCCUCCGGAUUAUACUUUAAAAUGGAUAGUAAAGAAGAAUAUCACGAUCCGGAUUACCCGGGGGCUCCGGCGGUGGUCAAGGAAGAGGUGCCUGAUGUGUCGGAAGAAGAAAAAGUUGAAAAAAUCAAAACAAUUAUUCACCGGGAAUUUUCGAAUGAAUUAGAGAUGAGAGAAAACGAAGUUAUGCUUAUUGAACAAAGAAUGUCAACGUCCCGUCGCCUGCUGCAGCGUCUACGCUACGUGCUGGUCAGCAACUACUUCCAAGAACAGAAGCUGCUGCUAUCCAGCAGCCAGAUUGACGACGACGUGGCCACCCAGCACGAGACUAGGAGAGCUGAGGUGUCGUCGCUCCUUCGAGACGGUCAACGGAGACUCCACCCAUCCGUCAGGAAGUUACUUGGCAAGAAGACUGCUGAUCUGACUGAGAUAUUCAAGACCAGGGAACCGAGAAACAAAGCUAGGAAGGAUUAUUCGGCAAUGCUCCAAACCCGCAACUACACGAUAGCUGCCGACGCGACCAAGUCCCUCCGUCCGGAGAAGAAGCAAGAAGAAGAACCCAGCACCAGCUCGGGAGUCAAGCCUAAGAAGGUGCCGCGGCAGACCGACCCGCGGGCGGAGAAGGUGGUCACGCUGGAAGAGGCCACGAGGAAUAAGAUGAAGCAUCGGUACAGGCUUAUUAUUGGCAACACAUCAAAGUACGCGCCACCUGCGUCCCGCGCGGACCGCUCGACGCACAAGUGGCUACUGUACGUGCGCGGGCCCCCCGACCGGCCGGACCCGUCGCCGGCGCUCGCUAGAGUGGUGGCAACGUUACACCACUCGUACGCGCCGCACCACGUCGUACACGUGAACAAGCCGCCGUUCCAUAUCACCCGUCGCGGCUGGGGCGAGUUCCCAGCUCGCGUCGAGCUUCACUUCCGACUGCCGGCCGUCAACAGGCCCCUGGCUGUGGAACACACCAUCAAGCUGGAUAGAAACUAUACCGGUCUACAGACACUGGGUUCAGAGACAGUAGUGGAAGUGUGGUUGUACAGCACUCCAGAGAUGCUGGAAUUUGAAUACGUCGACCCGGAGCCAGCACCAGUGAAGAUGGAGGUCGAGCCAGAACCAGUCACAGAAAUCAAGGAAGAAGUCUUCGAUCAAACCGACAGUUGGAUGGAGUUCUUCAGCAAAGACACCACAGAAUUGGACGUAGAUGAAAUGAUAAUAAAACCUGUCAAAAAACCUGAACAAAAACCAGAUAUCGAGUCUGAGAUAUCUGCAAAUAUCAUCAUGGGAGAAGACGAGAGUGACGAUAAAAGUGAAUUCAAUGAAACGGACAGUGAUAUGCCGGAUAUACAGCAGCCUGUUGGUAAACGGAUAAUGAAGUAUAUCGACUCCACAACAGGGAAGAUUUAUUACCUAGAAAUGGACAGGAAAUUAGAUCUAAGUAAAGUACAAGAGAUAGUCAUAAAUAAUACUAAGGCAAAAAUAAGUCCGAUCAAAUCAAACGGCUUGAAAAGCUUCAGGAAAAAGAAAGGUGUUUCUUUACUGAAACCAGAAGUGCAGAAUCAGUUGAAAACCGAAAAUUGUAAGGUUGAUAAUGAGAAGCAAGUGAACAACUUGACGCAUAUAGAAAACGAUCAUUGUUACAUAGGGAACAAUUGGUUGAACGUUGAGAAUUCUGUGGAGAACUCCAACUCGGAUUGUGCGGAGAGUGCCAACGUGAAAGUCAAGAAGGAACGAUCUCAUUUUGAUACAGUGUGCUCAGCGAUCAAUGGUUUUUCGUGUGUUAAAGUGUGUGUGAACUAUUUGCUAAAGAACAUGCCAAUAGUGACGGACAGAGCCAGGGACCCUGAUUAUGUGAAAAACUUUCCGUUUGUGGUGGAGAACGCGGAUAGGUAUUGGAAGCUGGACUUCGCGAAACGAAGAAAUAUUGAGUGGUCAAGAGCGAAACUAAUAAACAAAAUACUCGCAGAACAUUACCUCCACACCGAAGACAUUUGGAGAACGAAGCAAAUACUCAUAUACUCCCGCUUGCACGGCUACAAUCCGAUGCGGCAGGAGACGACCCAGAAGCUUCCAGAAACGGACGACUGGUCGUCCUGGAACGAUCUGGAAAAUUCCAGAAAACUCGAAUCCAACAUCAAAGAAAUAUACCCGAACGCCUCAGACAUAUCCAGCUUGAGUAUAUUCAAUAGCGAGGAAUUCCAAAAAUCAUUGUCAGAGACGUUAGAAACAACGGAUUCUGAAGAAGAGAUUGAUAUAGUCAGUAGCGAUGUGACCAAAGUGAAAACAGAAACGGAAGUGUUGCCAGAUACGGAGAACAGUUUGACAGUGUUGCCAGUGGAGAGCGAAGAGGAUCGGUUGAGGUUUAUGUUCAUAGAGAAGAAGUGUGCGGAUAUAGGCAUAGAGCUAAGGAAUGAGGACGUUGGGAACGGAUACUCGUAUAGCGCCGUGCACGCAGUCCUUCUGUCGGCCAUGAAGAGUUUCGCCGAGGAGCUGGUCCGCGACGCGAUGGCGGAACGCCUAGCGAGACACCACGCGCCGCCCGCGCUACCGUCAGCUUGGACCGGUUGGUCGCGCGCGUGGUCGCUACAGGCAGCCGAGGUGUGGGCGGGCGCGCGGCGGGGGCGGGCGGGCGCGGGCGGGGCGGCGCUGGGCGCGCGCGCUCCCGGCAGCGAGGCCUUAUGA